GUUGCUAUGGCAAAUGGGACAACUAUCUCGCCGACAACUGAAGCAAAAGGUGAUAUUAUAUGUAUGAGUAUACACAUGAAGUCACUAAAACUCGAAAGCAUGAAUAAAUGAAUAUUUAGAGCCCUUUAGACAAAAUACAUGGCUUGAAACAGCGACAUAAAGGUGAUUUUAAACGAGACGAUUCGCAACGACGAUUUUUAGCGCAACACAGGGUUCAAAUGUUGGAACAAUGUUGCAGCCUUUCGAAACGAUGUCGCAACAAUGUUGUAACGUUGUGUUGCGCUAAACAUCGUCGUUGCAAAUCGUCCCGUGUAACGUCACCUUAAAACUGAUGAAAUAGCAACAAACGACAUGUAGAUGGGUUGAAAAUGCGACAGCAGCGAGGACAAUAGCAAAUAUAAUGAGUGAAAUACCGACAGCGACAUGGCCUCCUCCUCGUUACGCGAAACGACCCGCGCGCGCGGUUUUGAAAUUUAGACUAAGGACAUACGUACUUCCCUAAGAGGGCCUGUGUUUAGAGCAGGAUCAGGACGAAAACUUCCUUGCGGAAAUUAAGUACUUUUCAUAAACUUCCUUCGACUAAGCCAUUUGUGUUCAACACAUCUUUCGUGUUAAUAUCCAGUGGCGGAUCUAAGGGAGGGGCCCAGGGUGCCCCCCCCCCUUAUUUUUAGACUAAACUGAGGCCCGAAGGGCCGAAAAAAUGUUUUUUUGAGACCGGGCAUCUCCCUUAUCUCAGCGUCUGGAUGACCGCCCCCACCCUUAUCUGAAUGUCUUGAUCCGCCACUGAUAUCAAUAGAAAUCUUUUGCAAAUUGCACUGUUCAUUUUCCGGUGUUAGUUCCCCCAAUUAUUUCAUCAUCUUUUAUCUUUCGGAAAGUAUACUUUUCCGCGAUGCAGCACAACUUUGCAGUUAAAUUACUACACCCUUAUUUAAAUCCGCAUUUUUUUCAAAGUUAAAAACCCGUGUAGUUUGUCUAUGGUAGAGGAUUUAGAAAGGUGGAGAAUUAAAGGAGCCACGGUGUAACGAAUUUUAGCAAACUUCAAACAGUGAGAGCUGCCACCAAAUAAAAACAUAAAUAAAAAUAACGACACAAAAUAUUAAAAGAAGUUAUGGAUGGACAAACUUAACGAAGAUUAAAACGGAUUACGAUUUCGAUUUUUGAAAACUUCUUGGCCUAACAGUUUUUUUUUUCAAAGUUCAUUUUCGAAGCUGUGAACUUGACAGUUAAAAGUACAUUCCAGGCACUAAUGUCAAGAUCCUUAGCGAAAAAAAGUCGCGUUAUAGGUAAUAUUAACCCAAUGAACUAGCGGAGCCUAUUCAUGUUCUAAUUAAAAAUGUAUCUUGCCUUUUUUUUGAAAGAUAUUCCAUACGGUAUUGUCUUGGUAUGGUGCAUCGCUGGUUUUCUUGUUAUUAUCUUGGUCAUAGUUGCUAUUUACUACAGCUAUGUCAUCUGCUGUCAAAAGAAGAGAGGCAAUCAAAGGUAUCUAUGCAAGCAGAAAUUUUUAAAAUAAUAAACAAUGCGCUAAAAUUUUGGUAUUUGAAUUACGCGACGAGAGCAAGUGGAAGGCACUGUAUACCACGUGAACGAUCGCGUUCGCUUAUGCUGGUCACUUGAUAAAAGUGCCAAUUCAACAAUACACUAGGAAAAUUUUCUACAGACAACUGCGGCCGCGUGGAUUAUACUACACUUUAAAACAACAUGUGUGAGGAGAAAGGCGUGGAUUCGUUCUUUCUUUUUGUUGUUUGUACAAUUUGAAAUGUUGGGCAAAAAGCUGCAACUUUAUCAUUUACAAAUAACUUUUUCCCUAAAGUUAAGUUUUAUAGCGAAUAAAAAGCAUUACUACCAAUACUAACAGCCGUGAAAAUAGCCCCUUUGAUAAGAAAUUGGCAAAACCUCCGACAUCUGAUGACAAUGAUGAUCGUUUGAUAGUAUCUGGGGGUUUCAUUAUAAAGAGUUUUUAUUGAUGUUGUUGUUCACGUUGUUGUCCCCUGGCUGGUAUCGAUGAUGAUGAUGAUAAUGAUAAUGGCGAUGAUGGUAAUAAAGUUGUUGUUGGUUAUAAUGAAGAUGUCCAGAUGACGUAAUAAUGGUUAUGAUGAUAAUCAUGAUGACAAUGUUGACGAUGACGAUGACAAUGAUACAUCGCGGUAUAAAACAGAGAACAAUCACCUUUAGCACCAUGAAAUAAAUGACGUUUAUUUAUACAAAAAAAUGUUGUUGUUUUUUUUGUUUCAGACCUUGCCCGCAGCAGAAUCAGCCAAAAUAUCUCAUAGAAGACUAUCCAAAAGCAUUCAUCGACUAUCUACAUAAUGGCAAUAUCAAUUCAAGAGCCAUGUUUUCGCCAUCAUUUGUCGAUCACAUGCGAAUUCCUCGAGCAAUGGAAGUUAAAAUAAUCGAUACAGUGAAUAGUUUGAAUGAAUCGCACUCUCAACCUCCCUACAGUCCGACAAACCAUACGCCAACACGGAGUAUGAACGAACUUCUUAACCCUGACAUGUUUUCUUUUCCUAACGAAAGAAUAACGCCGGCUUUACCUGAGCGGGAACGAAUGCCGCCUUCCAGACAGCAGUCGUUUAGAUACUCAAACAUGAGUGUUGAAGAAUCGAAGNUUACUGCCAAUACUAACAGCCGUGAAAAUAGCCCCUUUGAUAAGAAAUUGGCAAAACCUCCGACAUCUGAUGACAAUGAUGAUCGUUUGAUAGUUUCUGGGGGUUUCAUUAUAUAGAAUAUAGAGUUUUUAUUGAUGUUGUUGUUCACGUUGUUGUCCCCUGGCUGGUAUCGAUGAUGAUGAUGAUAAUGAUAAUGGCGAUGAUGGUAAUAAAGUUGUUGUUGGUUAUAAUGAAGAUGUCCAGAUGACGUAAUAAUGGUUAUGAUGAUAAUCAUGAUGACAAUGUUGACGAUGACGAUGACAAUGAUACAUCGCGGUAUAAAACAGAGAACAAUCAUCUUUAGCACCGUGAAAUAAAUGACGUUUAUUUAUACAAAAAAAUGUUGUUGUUUUUUUUGUUUCAGACCUUGCCCGCAGCAAAAUCAGCCAAAAUAUCUCAUAGAAGACUAUCCAAAAGCAUUCAUCGACUAUCUACAUAACGGCAAUAUCAAUUCAAGAGCCAUGUUUUCGUCAUCAUUUGUCGAUCACAUGCGAAUUCCUCGAGCAAUGGAAGUUAAAAUAAUCGAUACAGUGAAUAGUUUGAAUGAAUCGCACUCUCAACCUCCCUACAGUCCGACAAACCAUACGCCAACACGGAGUAUGAACGAACUUCUUAACCCUGACAUGUUUUCUUUUCCUGACGAAAGAAUAACGCCGGCUUUACCUGAGCGGGAACGAAUGCCGCCUUCCAGACAGCAAUCGUUUAGAUACUCAAACAUGAGUGUUGAAGAAUCGAAGGAAAGGAUUUAUAAAGAGAAAAUGCUUGUUUCUGAGCUUCGGGAGAAAUUACGAAACCAAAAAAAGGUUGACGAGCGAAAUUGA